CUUACAAUAAAUUAUGAGCAAUGCAAGAUGUGACAUCUGAGGUGUUUGAUCAAUGAUUAUCAGCACCACACAUUCUAUGAAUAGCUUGCAUAUAUAGUAGGAAAUAUGGCGGAUGAAAAACCCAUUAAGGUUGGAACUAGAGUGGAAGUAGUUGGCAAGGGAGUUGUUGGUAAAGUUGCAUAUAUUGGUUCUACUUUGUUUUCCAGUGGGAAAUGGAUUGGUGUUAUUUGUGAUGGAGCUAAAGGUAAAAACAAUGGUACAGUACAAGGAAAGACUUAUUUCACCUGUGAAGAUAACCAUGGAAUAUUUGUAAGACAGUCACAGAUAGUCUCAAUUGAUGAUGAUAAUAGUAAGUCUUCAGCACCUGAGCCUCAUCAGACUCCUGCAAAGCCUGCUUCAACUGGUAUACCCAAGUCAGCACGCAAAUCUGGUCUUCGGCCUCCUAGUUAUGCUGGCAAAAGCAAUGAAAAUUUAGCUGAGGCAACCCCAAAGAGAGCACCAAGUGUACCAUCUGACUUGUCUAGUGUAGGACAGACUCCUAGUUUAAGUAAAGAUAAACCUGGUUCUAUGACAAGAUUACCACAGCGUGGUCAUGGUGGUAGUAAAGAGACAUUGUCAGCUGCUGAAAAACCAUCAGAAUUACCUAAGAUGGGUAUGUACAGAUCACCUGCAAUGUAUAAGCAAAUGACGAAAGAGUCCAAGAGGUUAAGUCUUUCUUCAGAGAAAGUUGUCAUGGAUACAGGUAGAAUGGCCAUGUCAAUGGAAGGUAGCAUUUCUGAUACUAAACGACCGAGCAUUACGCCCGAUGAUUCAAAACGUAUGAGUCUGAGUAUGUCAACAGAGGGCAGUCUAACAAACAUCCAGCAACUGCAGGAAAUAGAAGGAUUAAAGGCCGAGAUUAAAGACCUUAAUGAAAAGCUAGAGACCUUGAAAAUUAAGCGUGGAGAUGAUAAAACAAAGCUUAAAGAGUUUGAAAAAGUCAAAAUACAGUUACAGCAGCUGCAAGAGUACAAAGUUAAAGCCCAAGAAUUGCACAAAGAAACACAACAACAACUGCAAGCUGCAAAGAAGGAAGCUAAAGAUGUGCAGGAGAGCUUUGAUGCCUAUAAAGAUGAAAUGUCAGACUUAUCAGAAACAGUGGAAAUUGCUACGCUUGAUAAAGAAAUGGCUGAAGAAAAAUCUGAAGGUUUACAACAGGAGGUAGAGAAUUUAAAAGAGAAAGUAGAAGAACUGACAGUGGAUCUUGAAAUACUCAGAAGUGAAAUUAGUGAAAAAGGCACAGAUGGUGUAGCAUCAGACUACCAAGUAAAACAGCUAGAACAACAGAAUGAAAGAUUACGAGAUGCUCUUGUUAAAAUGAGAGAUUUAUCAAACCAAGAGAAGAAUGAUGCUGCAAGGAAGACCAAGUUAAAUGAAGACAUGUCAAAAGAGUCAACAGCAUUGAAGAAAGAUAAAGAAAAGUUGCAGUCAGAAGUGGCUUCUCUCCAGGCUGAGAUGAUUGACUUAAAGGAUCAGGUGGAUGCUGCUUUGGGAGCAGAAGAAAUGGUAGAAACUCUGACAGAGAGAAAUCUGAAGUUAGAGGAUAAGAUACAGUCACUUGAAGAAGAAUUGGCUGAUUUGGAAGCACUUCAUGAAAUGAAUGAAGAAUUACAGGAGAAUGCUAGAGAAUCAGAGCUAGAGCUGAGAGAAGAUAUGGACCUGGCUAAUAGUAAAGUAGCUGAGUACAAAAGAAAACUGGAUGCUACAUCAGAAACUAUUGCUGACUAUGAAUCAACUAUAAGUAAAUUCAGAGAAUUAGUUACCAGUCUAAAGGAAUCAAUUAGAGAAUUACAAAGUAAGCAAGCUGAAGCUGGACAGAAAGAAGCCACUCCAACCAUUGAAACUUUUGAUUUCAAGGCUAAGUUUGCAGAGACUAAGGCUUAUGCAAAGGAUUAUGAAACUAUUUCAAAGACAAUUGACAUGGAGCUAAGGAAGUUAGAGGUAGCACAAGCCAAUAAACAUAUUGCCAUGUUACAGUCUUUUAUGCCUGAUUUCUUUGUUAACAGGGGAGGUGAUCAUGAUGCUGUACUCAUGUUACUUAUGAUACCCAGGAUCAUUGGUAAAGCUGAAAUGUUGUCAUCACAAGUCAAGGAAAAGUUUGAAUUGACAGAAGGAAUUAAUAGAGAGACAGUACUGAAAAGUCAUAAGGCUGAACAGAGUAGUUUUGGUAACAAUGUUAUACUAAUGCUGAGUACACUACAGGCUAUUCUUAGACAAUAUGAAAGUGCUCUGAACACUUGUAGUACAGACCUUUUAUUGAAGAUAGGAACAUUAUUACCAGAAAUGAAUGCCCAUGAGAAGUCGAUGGAUUAUUUUGUAGAUCUACUGAGAAAGGACACUUUAGAUGAGACAGUCUCUUUAGAUCUACUAGAGAAAUCAAUUGCAUACUUCCAGCAACUUUACACUGUUCAUCUGUCUUCAGAGAAAGUUGAUUGUACUUCUAUGAUGGCAGAUAAAAUCAGACUGACAACCAAUGCAUGCGACUGUAUAUCUACUGAUAUUGCACGACUAAGAGUACUGCUUCAGGCUGGACAGGAACAAACAGAAAUAUCUAUCUUGAUGAGGGAUUUGGAAACAUGUUGUAAUGAUACCAGAACUUGUGCAAGAAAGAUAAAGAGAAGACUACCACAGAAGCAAGGCCCGGCAACACCUUUAAACUUUGGAAAGGAGAUACAAGCUUUAUUGUCUGAAGCAGGAAAGAAUAUCACCCAUAUAGUUAGAUCAUUGCAAUAUACAGCUGCAGGGGCCAUGCAACAAGCUGCUUUACUUACAGGUGGAAGAAUGGAAAUAGAGAACCUCAAAAAGGAUUCUGAAGGACUACUACCUAAAAAGAUAGAAGAAAUGGCUUACCAAGCUACAGACAAAGUAUAUGGUAAAGAAGAUAAUGGACCAUAUGAUACUUUAAGAAAGUCAUUUGGUAUGGUCGUAGGAGCUAUGAACAAGUUAGCAAACGCUAUGGAGAAUGGAGAAUAUGAUUUUGAUGGAACACAUGAGAAAAUGCCACUUGCCCCGGUGAAAGUGAGAGCAGAUAUGUUAAGGACACAAAUUGCUGACAUUGAAUUGAUGAAACACAGAAUGGCAACAAAAGAUGAAGAGAUUGUAGAACUAAAGAAAAAACUUCUCAUGAAGCAAGAAGAACUUAGCAGUCAACAAAUUAGAUUAGGACUGCUAGAGAAGAAGGUUGAAAAUGCUACAAGGGACAGUGAUGACCGUACUGAUCAAAUGCAGAGAAAAAUGGAUGAUCAACUGGCACAGUUUAAGAAAAAAGAGAAACAAUAUGAAGAGACAUUGGAUUCAUUACAAGCUGACAUUGAUGCCCUAGAACAAGAGAAAUAUGAAUUGAAAGAAAGAUUGAAGGUGUUGUCCAAAAAGUCAUUACUGGAGGGUAUAUCAAGACAAGCUUCAGCUACUAGUCCAUUAUCACCAAUGGGAGGCAUGCCAACAUCAAUGCAAGAAUCACCAGUCCUUCAACAACAGAUUGUCACUUUGAAAGAAGCAUUGAAGUUUACAAAGAAUGAGAAUAUACGAUUGCAAGCUGAUCAAAUGAAGGAGAAAAUGGCCAAAUUACCUCCCUUGAGAGUACCAAAGCGAGCUCCAUGGAUGAAUAGACAUAAAGAACCAGAUAAACCUAGAGAGAUUCCAGAUGGCUUCCCUGGUGCUGCUGACUUAAAAAACCUUGUAAAACAAACAGUAGAGUUACAAAACGAAGUAAAUAAUUUGUGUUCUCAUCCAAGAGUUGUUGAUAUCACAAAGCGUAAACCAGGUUUAGAACCAGCCUCACAGAGUGUAGAUCCUGUUAAAGAAUUGAUAGCAAGAACAACAUUACUGACAUUACUGGAGAAAAAGAUGCAAGAGUUACAAGCCAAUAUAACAACAGUACAAGCUGCUAACAGACCAGGAGGACAAGUCAGAGCAGAUUUCUCUACAUUUCCUACUCCACAGUUUGCUAAGAUGCUGCAUGAAAAGAGUGGUGAUAGCAUGUUAGUAGCAAAAAUAUGUAUACCUGUGAAAGGUUGCCAUGGAGAACGUGUACCCAUACAUGUGACAUCAGAUCAAUUACAGAAAAUACAUUUAUUGUUUACAUGAUUAGUGCUUUGUAAUACAUUUGUUUAAUGAUUUGUGAAACACUAAUUUUCAUCAUCAAUAAAGUUUGGAAAAAAAUAAUGUAAGCAAAGCAUUUUGAUUGGUCAAAUGACCUUAUCAAUCCAAUUUCAACCAAUGGCAUAAUAUUAUUUUACCUUUGUUGUGGAAAAAAUAAAAUUACACAUAGUCCUUUUGAUUCUGAAACUGUGAAUUGCUCAUGAACACAGAAUGUCUCAAUAGUUUCAUUAUUUCGCAAUACUUGAGAUAUAGACUAACAAAAAUCUGUUUUAGUAUUGAAAUGUCUAUGGUAAUGAAAAUUCUGCUACAUUUUGGGGGAUAUAAAAUGAAAAUUCAUUAUAAAUUGUUGAUUUAGUUUAAUAAUACCUGGUUUUUUUUAAUUCCAGAACUGAUUAAGACUAAUGUAUGAUUAAAUAUGAGUGAAUUAUGUUAUUGAGUUAUUGUGCUCAUGUUUAAAGUAACUAUGAAAUGAAUGAAAAUUAGUGUUUUUUAUAUUUAUAUUUGUUUAUUUAUUAUUACAAUUAUGUGGUUAAAUUCAUUGACAUUUAUAACAAUAUUAAGAAAAUAUGCUUGAAUUAAUAGUGCAAUAAACAUUAUACAUCUGCUAAAUAGAUAAAAUCUUCUAGAUUGGUUAGGGAGAUGUAGAAAUAAAAUCUUCUUGUUUGGUUUUGGUAUAUGUAGGGAUAUUAUUAUACUUAAGUCACACCAUAUCCUAGAUUUACUUUUGUUUUCAUAUCUGGAAACAUUAUUUAACAUAAAACUUUUGUUUUUUACACAUCCAAGAUAUGCUUUACUGCUUAUGAAGAUUCAAGUAAAAAUUGGAAAAUGAUAUACACCUUUUGUGCAAUCAUUAAUAUUUACCCCCAAAAUAAUAUACAAUCAUGUGUUUGACCAACUACAUUUUUUAAGGAAAGCCCAAUAGAUAUAAUGGAUUGUGAAUUAUGUGAAAUUUAAGUAAAUUCCACAAAAAAUGUUUUUUGUAAUAAACCAGAAAAACAAAGUCCAUUAGAUAUCCUUUUGUGGUAAGUUUUCAAGUUAAUUUGAAAAUAAAAUUAAUCUAGACUGUAUCUAUUUUACAAGACAAACAAGUAUCAGUAUAAGAAUCAACACAUAUGGGAACUUUUUUGAGAGAUUUGAAGACAUCCAAAUUUUCAUCUGUCAGCUUUGAUGCUUUUAUAGAAUAAUGUUUUUCAAAUUUUUUAUUUUGCAAUAUGGUAAGCAUUUAAUGAAAUUUCAGAUUUCAGCUUAAGGUUUAGUCCAUUUAAUAUUUCUAGAAAUGGGUGAAUUUAUUUAUAGAAGUAAGUUUUAUUUUAUUUUCAAAUAUUCACAAAAUUUAUUUGUCAUUUAUAAGUAUCAGAAUGGAAUUACCACCUUCAUGAUAUAAAAAAAAUGGUACAUUAAGGAAAGUAAUGCACAAUUACCUUAUAGAAGGCAAAGAACACAAGUGCAUUUUUUUAUGACCAUAUUUAACAUUUAAAAUUAUAAUAACAAAUUGUGUUCUUAUAUAUAUAUUAUGCUUUAAGAAUUUUAAAAACAUUUAGAUAAACAGUAUGAUAUACACUUCAUCUAUAUAAUUAUUUCAUCUGUUUUCUGAGUCAUCAAGUGGACUUUAAUCAUUAUUUUGUGAAAUGAAUGAAAAUAAGAUUAUUUUCCUAAAGUCUUGCCACUUUGAUAAGAAAUUUAAAAAUGUCAGUUGCUUUUCUUUAAAUCAAAUAUAGUAUUGUCAAAAUUAUUUAUUGUGCAUUGGUGAUUACUCUAUACUAUCAAAUGCAAACACAUGCUUUAGUAAAAGUCAGUGCAAGUCAAUGUUAAAUCAUCAAUAAAAUGUGAGAAAUAA